AUGGAAUCGGUCGAGCUUGAUAACUGGUCCUUAAUUUGGGACAGGACAAACGAAUGGAUUCAACUAAGAGGAAUCCAGGGCGAGUACGAAAUCGAGACGACGCCAGUUGAAUCUGCACAUGGAAGUCAUAUCAUCAGGACUGGAAAUACAGAGUAUACGCUGGGGGAUCCAAGCAAGAACGCUGAAGACUGGCUGGUCCCGGACGAUAUUCGACGGCGAUUCAUAAAAGAGGGAUUUCCGAAAGAGUGGGUCGCCAUCAUCGUUGGUCUGCAAGAACGCCGCGUCACUCGCCACACGCCGAAAAGAGAAACCGGCCGUCGUCAGCAACGAGAAGAACUCGACACAAGACGAAUCGGCUUGUCUGCAAUCGAGCGAGAACGAGCGCACAAGUUGGAGAAGAUCAGAGCGUUGCAGAAAAUGGACAGCCAUGAUGGAAGAUCUCCUCUGGUGAACAUUCCCAAGCCGAGGAAGCGAGUCGCUAAGAAAGUUCCCGUCAAAAAAGCUGCCCCGAAAAAGACGAGCGCGGUCAAAAGUGUCGAAAAGAAGAAAAAGAAGCCCACUACAAAAAAAAAUGAUUCGCCUGAAGCUGACGCUAAAGAAGAGGAAAAGGAGAACACUGAGACGACUCCUGUGCCCAAGAAAACGCGUGGGAGGAAAACUUCCGUGAAGAAAGUUGUGGCUGCUCCGAAACCGAAGAGUUCUAGCAGAGCCAAAAGUGCAGGGGCGAAAAAACGCACUCGGAAAAACUCGAGUAAUGAGGAGAAGAUCGCAGCUGAAAAGGAGGGGAGAGAGAAUGCACCGUCGCCAGCGAAGAAGGCCAGAAAACCGAGAUCAAAGAGCGCGCCGGCGAAGAAGAAUGCGAGAAAAAAAGAUGUUGGAAGUAAAAAGACGCCGAAAAAGACUGCGAAGGAAAAGGAGAAAGAAUCGACGGAUCCUUUGCUUUCGCCUGAUCGUCCUGCUGGGCAAAUGACGGCAGCACUACGGCUGGAAGGUCUGCCAACGCCGACCUUCAAAACUAACGAAAAGAAAAAAGCGAAAGCUAAGGCGCCAACCCAAAAAGAAAAACGAGAGCGUCUUCAGCGACUUAACGAGUUAAACAAGGUUGAAAAGCAGGUGAUCACGCCCGUGCGAAAGCCAAAGGACUUUGUACCAGAGUGUGAGUCUGACGAGCGCUUUGGCAGUCCUCAAGUCGGCGGCAAAGAAAACCAUGACCCAUUUUCGACGCCUGCUGCGAACCGCGGUAAUCCAAAUCGAGGCUUUCAGACUCCAGCGAUGGGCGCUUUUGCGACGCCCGGUGCGAGCUCAUCAGCUGGCUCUCCUUCAGGCUUCAGAUUCCAAACACCAGGCGACGUGGACUUGAACACAUCGAAAAAGUUCACGAGAACUCCUACCGCAAACAUUUCCAAAAAACAAGCAGCAGAUCGAGUUCGAAAUGCAGAAUUCAUCAGAAAAGAAAUGGAGAGAAAAGGUCUGGAAGAAGACCUGUUUGACGUCAAAAAGGGCAAAAAGCGCCGCGGACUUUCGAAAAAAGACCGAGUCGAGAUGAGCGCUCUUCUUCCCGUCGAGGAAGCAGGCCCGGACGAGGACGAAACUGAUGAAUAUUUCUAA